GGAAUGGAAACGGAGUCGAGGGGGGCGAUACUUCGUCGAGAGCAGAGCUCCAUCAGUAGACUCAAAUCACCCAGUAGUAGGUUAUACAGCCGUUAUUCCCCUUUUCCAGCCAAGUGACUAAGUGAUAGGAGAAGGAAAUCUCUGGCAUAUAUAUAAUUGGAACAAUCGUUGGCUUUAUGCGGGGAAAAUGCAACCUUCAAGACUUAAAGGAACGUGAUGGGAAGAGCAUAUAUAUAUACACAUUUUUUUUUUACAGAAUAUUCUAACUCGACGUCCAUUGGAGGAAAGCAGUUAAUGUUUAUAGCUCUGUGCUUCGUCAUCAUUCAACGUUAGAUUUUUGUUUCAUGGACCAUUUUCUAUAUUAUUAGCCUACCAAUACAGGUCUAAUGUCUUAGUUUAGCACAUGAUUUAGCUGUAGAUAGGUCAGCUGCCUUUACAGGCACAGACUAGAUGGGAUUCAAUGGUUUAAUGUUUUUUGAUGGAUUCCUUGUCCUUUAGUAAGUAAGUAGCAAGACAAUCUAAGGUAGCUGCUGGUCCGAGAAUUGUGGAUUUAUUACAUUUUUCAGCAAAACCGGACGUCUAUGGACAUUUGUUCUUCAUCGGCGAAAUGAGUGUAUGUUUAAUUAAACCAAGCACAUGAACGGCGUCUAAAUUAAGGUCGUGUUCAGAGGGGUGAAAACCGACGUUGAGAAUAUUCCCCGACAAGGAGAAAUACAAUUUAAUUAAUAUUCUCUGGAAUUGUUGCUGUCCACCACAAGGAAAUGGGAAGCGAGGUUUUUACGCCGUUGCUGGAGCAAUUUCUGCUCACGCCUUUGGUCGCCUGGGUUAAGGCGGCUGGGCAUUCAUCUGGAAACGAUGGCACCAAACUAUCGGAAUACAUUGAAUUAGUGGAUGGCAUUUAUUUAAACGAGAUCAUGCUUGAGAUAAAUCCUAAAGCCACUGUUCAAAGAACCAACAAGAAGGUGAACAAUGACUCAACACUGCGCAUACAAAACCUCUCCAUCCUGAUCCGACAGAUCAAGUCCUAUUACCAGGAGACCCUCCAGCAGCUGGUGAUGAUGCCUCUCCCCAAUGUGCUGGUGCUGGGCAGGAACCCUCUCAGUGAGCAAGGACUGGAGGAGAUGAGGAAGCUUUUGUUGCUGUUGCUUGGCUGUGCCGUCCAGUGUGAGAAGAAAGAGGAGUACAUCGAGAGGAUCCAGACCUUAGACUUUGACACAAAAGCUGCCAUAGCAUCUCACAUCCAAGAGGUGACCCACAACCAGGAGAAUGUUGUGGACCUGCAGUGGCUGGAUGGGGGCGAGCUGCCCCCAGAGGACCUGGACUCCUUCUCCAGGAACAUGGCCUUCCAUCUCAAACGCAUAGUGGACGAGAGAGACGAUCAGCUGGAGACCAUUGUGGAGCUGACCCAGGAGAGGGACUGUGGACUGUACUCUCCCCAGCCGUUCUGUGCCCAGUCGCCCAACGACUCGCCCAGCAUGCGCCGCACAGAGAGCCGGCAACACCUGUCUGUGGAGCUGGCCGACGCCAAGGCCAAGAUCAGACGUCUGCGCCAGGAGCUGGAGGAGAAGAGUGAGCAGCUGCUGGACUGCAGACAGGAACUGGACAACAUGGAGACUGAAAAUAAGAGGGUUCAGCAAGAGAGCCUGCAGUUGUUGUCGGACGCCCGUUCUGCCAGGGCAUAUCGUGACGAACUGGACGCUCUGAGGGAGAAGGCCGUCAGAGUGGACAAGCUGGAGAGUGAAGUGGGACGCUACAAGGAGAGGCUCUACGACAUUGAGUUCUACAAAGCCAGAGUAGAGGAGCUGAAGGAGGACAACCAGGUUCUGCUGGAGACCAAGGCCAUGCUAGAGGACCAGCUGGAAGGAACCAGGGCUCGCUCUGACAAACUCCACGAGCUGGAGAAAGAGAGCCUGCAGCUCAAAUCCAAGAUCCACGACAUGGAAAUGGACCGGGACAUGGACAGGAAGCGUAUUGAGGAGCUGCUAGAGGAGAACCUGGUCCUAGAGAUGGCCCAGAAACAGAGCAUGGACGAGUCUCUCCACCUGGGGUGGGAACUACAGCAGCUCUCCAUGACCCCUGACCUGACAGAGGUGCCUCAGAAGUCCCUGGGCCACGAGGUGAAUGAGCUGACAUCCAGCCGGCUACUGAAGCUGGAGAAGGAGAACCAGACCCUGCUGAAGACUGUGGAGGAGCUGAGAGGUUCUGCCAGCAAACACGUCCCUGCACGUCUCCUCAAGGCCGACAAGGAGAACCAGAGGCUCACCCAGAGGCUGGUGCAGCUGGAGAGUGAGCUGAACACAGAAAGGGAGAGUCUGCACAGUGCAGAGCAUCUUGGCACCGACCUGAUGAAGGAGAAGGCUCUGUUGGAGAAAACCCUGGAGACGCUGAGGGAGAAUUCAGAGAGACAGGUGAAAGGCCUGGAGCAGGAGAACGAGCAUCUGACCAAUACCGUCUCGUCGCUGAGGCAACGCUCCCAGGUGGGCCCUGAGGCGCGGGUCAAAGACGUGGAGAAGGAGAACCGCGUGCUGCACGAGUCCAUCCGGGAGACCAGCUCCAAGCUCAACAAGCUGGAGUUUGAGCGUAAGCAGCUGCGUAAGGACCUGGCGGUGUACAAGGAGAAGGGCGAGAGGACAGAGGAGCUGGAGGUGGAGGCGCAGCGGCUGGAGAGGGCGAACGAGGCCCUGCAGAAGCGAGUAGCCAGCCUGGGCAUCACCUGUGACAAGGUGGCGUCUCUGGAGAAGGAGAACGCAGAGCUUGAGGCAGAGGGCCGUCGUUUGAAGAAGAAUGUGGAAGGCCUGCGGAGCACCUCCUUCCAGCUGGAGGCCCUGGAGAAGGAGAAUACCCAGCUGGACGAGGAGAACCUGAAGCUCCGCAGGGCUGCAGAGGUGCUCCGCUCGGCCGGGAACAAGGCGGCUCAGCUGGAACUGGAGAACCGGGAGCUGGAGAGCGAGAGGAGCCAGCUGAAGAGAAGCCUGGAGCUGCUCAAAGCCUCCUCUAGGAAGACGGAGAGGCUGGAGGUGAGCUACCAGGGCCUGGACACGGAGAACCAGCGGCUGCAGAAAUCCCUAGAGAACAGCAGCCGCAAGAUCCAGCAGCUAGAGGGGGAGCUGCAGGACGUAGAACAGGAGAACCAGAGUCUGCAGAGGAGCCUGGAGGAACUGAAGAUCUCCAGCAAACGUCUGGAGCAGCUGGAGCAGGAGAAUAAGACUCUGGAGCAGGAGAGCUCUCAGCUGGAGAAGGACAAGAAGCAGCUGGAGAAGGAAAACAAGAGGCUGAGACAGCAGGCGGAGAUCAGGGACUCCAAGCUGGACGAGGACAACCUGAGGAUCAGCCACCUGGAGAAGGAGAACCGCUCACUGGGCAAGGAGAUGACCUCCUUCAAGGACUCCUGCAACCGCCUUAAAGACCUGGAGAAGGAGAACAAAGAGCUGGUCAAACAGGCCACUAUAGAUAAGAAGACCCUGGUCACUCUGCGAGAGGAACUGGUGAGUGAGAAACUGCGGACGCAGCAGAUGAACAAUGAUCUUGAGAAACUGACCCACGAGCUGGAGAAGAUAGGCCUUAACAAGGAGAGGUUGCUGCAGGCCGAGCAGAGCUCUGACGACGACAGGUACAAGCUGCUGGAGUUCAAGCUAGAGUCCACUCUCAAGUCUUCUCUGGAGAUCAAGGAGGAGAAGAUAGCUGCCUUGGAGGCCAGGCUGCAGGAGUCCUCUAACCUCAACCAACAACUGCGCCAGGAGCUUAAAACGGUGAAGAAGAACUAUGAGGCCCUGCGACAGAGGGAGGAGGAGGAGGAGAGGAUGGUGCAGAGCUCACCCCCCAGAGGAGGGGACAGGGAGGACUCUCAGGCCGUCAACAAGUGGGAGAAGGAGAGCCACGAGACCACCCGGGAACUGCUCAAGGUCAAAGACCGCCUCAUUGAGGUGGAGAGGAACAAUGCCACGCUCCAGGCAGAGAAGCAGGCCCUGCAUACCAACCUGAAGCAGAUAGAGAACCAGAGCAGUAACCUGCAGGCCCAGAUUCUGGCUCUGCAGAGACAGACUGCAUCUCUACAGGAGAACAACACCACACUACAGACCCAGAACGCCAAACUACAGGUUGAGAACUCAACGCUGAACUCCCAGAGUGGCGCUCUCAUGGCCCAGAAUGCCCAACUGGCGACGCAGCAGUCCAGUACGGAGAACGAGAAGGAGGGGGCGAUGAGGGACAGGGAAGACCUGAGGUCCACCUAUGAGAUGCUGCUAAGGGACCAUGAGAAACUGGCUGCCCUGCAUGAGAGACAGGCCUCCGAGUACGAGGGCCUCAUCGGCAAACAUGGAGGCCUGAAAAGUUCCCACAAGAGUCUAGAGUCACAGCACAGAGACCUGGAGGACAGGUAUAACCAGCUGCUGAGGCAGAAGGAUCAGCUGGAGGAGCUGGAGAAACAGCUGAAGUCAGAGCAGGAGAAGAUGCUGUCUGAGAACAAGAGCCACGAGGCCACGGCUGCAGACUACCACAAACUGAAGGAGGAGAAUGAAAGGCUGAACAUGGCACACCGUCAGCUGGUGAAGGACAAUGAGGGCCUGCAGGCCGACCAUAAGAACCUGAAGAGCCAGAUGAACGGUGCCAAGCUGGAACAGACCCGCAUGGAGGCGGAGUUCUCCAAACUCAAAGAGCAGUACCAGCAGCUGGACAUCACCUCCACCAAGCUCACUAACCAGUGUGAGUUGCUGAGUCAGUUGAAAGGGAACCUGGAGGAGGAGAACCGUCACCUGCUGGACCAGAUCCAGACCCUGAUGCUGCAGAACCGCACCCUGCUAGAACAGACCAUGGAGAGCAAGGACCUGUUCCACGUAGAGCAGAGACAGUACAUAGACAAGCUGAACGAGUUGAGGAGACAGAAGGAGAAGCUGGAGGAGAAGAUCAUGGAUCAGUAUAAGUUCUACGACCCCUCACCUCCACGGAGACGGGGGAAUUGGAUCACCCUGAAGAUGAAGAAGCUGAUCAAGCCGAGGAGUCGGGAGCGGAUGCGUUCCCUGACACUGACUCCCACGCGCUCCGAGUCCAGCGAGGGCUUCCUGGGGCUUCCUCUGGACAGCCAGGACUCCUCCUCCAUAGGCUCUGGCUCCAACUCCCUGGACGACACGCUGACACACAAGAGGAGCAGCACUCUGAAAAGGUUGCCCUUUAUGAGGACCAGAUCGAAGGAGAAAGACAAAGAGAAGGCCAUCUACCGCCGGUCCAUGUCUAUGAACGACUUGCUACAGACCAUGGCGCUGGCGGGGGGUCAGUGGGCAGGCAGCACAGAGAACCUGGAGGCGCCCGUCGAGACCAACGGGGGCAGCGGUGCCCGGCGAAUGAAAGGGCUGGGUUCCAUGGCCUACUCCACCAACGCUAUCAACUACACCACACUCACCCUGCCUUCAGGCAGCAGGGCCAAGAGGAGCCUGAAGAUCAAAGACAACGCUUCCUGUGAAGAUGUUCCAGCAUCCUCAGACGACCCCAUUGGGGUCAAAGGGCAAGCCUCCAGACCCUCCAGCCUCCAUAGUAUCAAGAACAUCAGUAGUAAUAGCAAUAAUAACUCCCACUUCUCUCCACUCCAGACCAAAGGCACAUUGAACGGAAACCUCAGCAGGCCCCACAGUGAGAGCAGUGGGGAGUUCAGCCUCAGUCUGGACCAGGAGGAGUGGUCCAGCGGGAGCAGCCCUGUCCAGCAGCCCCUGUCCCGCUCCUCUCACCAGAGCCCCAUGCUGCUGCGGAGGUCCCUGGACCCCCAGGCCAGGAAGAAGACGAGCAACUCCUUGGGCAGCGCCAGUGAAGUGGUCUCUCUACAGCAGUUCCUAGAGGAGAGCACCGACCCUGCAGAGUCUGGCAGCCAAGAGAAUCUGACCGUUGAGUCUCCCCGCCUCUCUGGAGGCGCUGAGCAUGUGCAGAGGGACCGGGCUGAGCGAGGCUCCACCUCCUGCACCGGCACUAAGGGGCGGGGCAUCCUGCGCUCAGCCAGUGGGAAGGCAGCGCCAGUGCACUCAGACAGCCGCCCCCCAAGGGGUGGCCAACCAGGUCGUCCCAGUCUACGGAAGGCAGAGAGUACGCGUGUGAAGGGCACGGUCCAGCCCCGGGUCGGCCUCUCCUCCCAGAGUAAAGCCAUGUCUGUGUCUGAGCGUCUGGACAUCUCCUCCACCUCCUUCUCCACGCUGCCCCGGGCCAGCAGCGUCAUCUCCACAGCUGAGGGCUCCACGCGUCGGACCAGCAUACACGACCUGCUGUCCAAAGACGCCCGGCAGCCCGUGUCUGUGGACCACUCACCCUCCUCAAAGGCCUCGCCUCGCGCCUCCACCACGCCCAGUGAGUACCCCCCAACCAGUAACCCCUCACAACACCCCAAUCACCAGUCCAUCCCCCUAGACCCAGCCCUCGUGCCCCUGUCCCUGCCCAAGUCAGUCAGUAUGCCCUGCACGGGCAGUCAGCAACCCCCCAAUAGUAAGGAAACUGAUCUCUCUAGCCUGGAGUCCUUCUUUGGAAAGUCCUUCACAGUAGAGUCAGUGUUUAUGGACUCCAUCUUCAGCGAGCCAACCUUCACAGGGGCCAAGAGCCAUACCUUCCUCUCCCUCAACACCUCCCUGGUCAGUAACAUCAGUGGUCCCCCAGGCAAAACCCACCCCCAGCCCAACUCUGUUCAAACUGCCCAGAACCAACCAAAUGGGCAAAAGUCCUGCCCACCUGACCAGAAUGGGGAACAGGAGGUAAUUGACACCAAUCAUGUGCUCGAUGCUGACCAAUCCGCAUCCCAACCCCUUAGCCCAGAGGACCAACAAUCAUUGUGGUAUGAGUAUGGCUGUGUCUGAAUGUGUGGCGCCCUGGUCAGCUACUGAUCUGGGACCUGCAUAAGGACCAAUGAUGGUGGGGGAGAAAGAAGGAACUCUGCAUGCUUUAUCAAAGCACUAUCAUACUAUGUUUUCUGUUGAGCUUUCAUGUUUUCAUGGCUGAUUUGUAAAUCACAAUUCCUCACCUCUUGGUUUGGUCUUUUUGUCUUGUGGAAGUGGGGUUCUCUGGAUGCUUCAAUGAUCUGCUCACACUAUUCAUUAAUCAAACCUCUUGUUUGGCUCACAUUUUAAAGCUAUUACAUGACUGCAUUAUGGGGGACAUGAAUAGCUGUUCUUGUUAUUUUAAUCAACAUUUACCAUUUAUUUUCCAAUCACAAAUGCAUCUUCAGGAAACAUCUUGCAAAGCUACAUUAACUAUCAUUUGGACAUUCAUUUCAUCUUUUUUUUUAAAAUGUAAUCUCCAUGUCAGAGGUCCUCCAGAGUUAACAUGGAGCUCUGUAUGAGGCCUGUAGAACAUGUCCCAUGAUAGGCUGUCUGAGGACCACAUUAACUGCCAAUAAGCUCUAUUUAUGGAGUCAUUAAAUAACCUUCAGAGGAAAGAGCUACUAUCUUUAACAGGAAACCAGUUUCUCAACUAUUAAUGUGAGAUAAUAGAUUGUUUCCCUUUUUUUCUUAUUGGGUGAUUGGUAUGUGGGAGAAUACUGUCCUCUCUAAAGUACUGUAUCGCAUUUCAUUACCAGUCUGAUUCUACUGUAUCGACCUCGAUGCAUAUUCACUGAACUGCAUGGCUUUAUUCUGUCUUGGUUUGUUCUGGACCUCUCAUUUUGAUCGUUGUGAUCAAAAUGGUUUUGUCUUUUUCUUUGGUGUGUUUGUGUUUUGUGCAUAUGACACGUUUUGUCUGUUCCAUUUAAUUUUCUGAACAAAUCUUUCUCAAUUGGGGUUAAGGGAUGGUUUUGGAAGAAACGUCAUUCACUAAAUGAUUUGUGAGGAAAUUUAAGUUGUAGAGAGAAUGAUGCCUUCCUAGUGUUAGUGUUGAGAGAAAUUUGCAAGUGAGACGAAUGUGAUUGUCAGAUUAUUUUGUGAAUGAAGGUUCUUCUACUCUUGGUUGUCAUGGUAUUGGAUCUGGGUAAGGUGUCGUGAGAAUGCUCACGGCCACAAUACAAAUUCCAAUAGCACAAUAACUUGUUUUAGGUUAUGUAUUAUUGUAGACUGACUGGGUACACCUUGUACAAACGUAUAUUAUGAACCAUAUGAAGUUAUAUUCAAGGGCAGAAAGCACUCCUUUAUUCACCAGUAGUAGGAGUAGUGAUGUCUUUGGUAGUUUAGAUGUAUUUAUUUCUGCUUCGUGAUGUAUUUACCAUUUUGAAAUAGUUUUAUCGUAUUUAUCUUGUGUGUAUAAACCAUUAACUGCAGCCUUUAUUCAGAUGGAAUAUAACAUGCUUUUGUUCUGCAGAUGUGGAAGUGUUACAAGAGCGCAGAAAGUCAAAAAGCGGAACUGGGGAGCAACAAAGCUCCUAAACAUUAUUGAUGAGCUCAAGUGGUGAGUGCUGCUCUCCAAGUCCAACAGGGAGAUGGGGGGGGGGCUCCAUGGUAACCCAAAGUGGUGUAACAGAUAUCCCAUCAUGGACGUGCUUGCUUAUGCUACGCUGGUGUGUCGUCGUCCCCCCUGGCCUGGCUGGUGCCACCCGGUAAAGGGCACAUGAAUGGACCGUCUGCAUGGCGUCUGGUGGAACACGCUUUGCCCAUGUAUGUGCCCAAUCCCUAAUAACAGGAGGACCUGUCUGUCCUGCUACACAUACAUGCACCCCCUCCAUCCCUCCCUGCUCCUCAGUGAUAUUGUGUGUCCAUAACUUUUUUCUGUUCGUAUUCAGGAAAAAGCACCGGUGGCUCUAUACAAGGUUGUGGUCCCUUUGCGAGCUUAUCUAUCUGCAGUACUGCAUGGCUUUGGUGUCGUGCAGCUGAAACCCCUCCCCUUAUCCUGACUGUCGAUGCAUGUAGACCGGUUUCCUGUGCGUCCAUAUCUACAUGUUCAUCUUCUUCUGUCAUUUCUGCCUCUUAACUUUUUUCUGUCCCCUUCUCUUCUUCUCUUCACUCUGUCUGCCUCCAGCUCAGAGGAAAGUGACCUUCAAGCUGUCUGUUUGACUUUGAAGCCUUUAAAAGUUGGUCUACUUAGAUGGUCUUCAGUGAGAAAAGCUUGUAAAAACAACAACAUUUAAAUCAAUUUCAAGAAUGCUUCAAUAGAGAAAAGUAAACGUCCUCUCUUGUUACCUUGAAUCAAGGAAACAACUCAUAAAUGGACAUUUCUAAAAUGUUACAUUUCAUAUUCAUCAUCUCCAGCAACCACCCCAACAUCAACAUAUGUGAAAAUGGCGUUUUUCUAUGUUUUGUAGUAAAACAUAGAGGAAGAUAUGUUUCCAAUGACAUCAUUGUUGUGCAUUGUGUGAUUUUUAACCAGUUAUGAGUAGGUAUUGCUUACUAAUUGGUUGAUGUCAUUGGAAAAUAUAUUUUUUAUACUGCAAAACAUAAAUGCACCUUUUUUACAUAUGUUGAUGUUGGGGUGGUGCUGGAGGUGAUGAAUAUGAAGUAGAAACAUGUUGAAAUUUCCCUUUAAGACAUAUAGGUAACUGCCAAAAUAAAAGAAAUGCCAACAAAGUGUCUUAAUAGGGCGUUGGGCCACCCAGAACAGCUUCAAUGUACCUUUUCAUAGGUUCUACAAGUGUCUGGAACUCUAUUGGAGGGAUGUG